AAAAUAUCGAUAUAUCAAUCGAAUAUUACGUGAAACCUUGCGAUUUACACGUGCAGAGCACAAGUGACCGUUCUGUUUUAACUCGACGUAUAAAUAGCUACGAAACGCACCAUUCCUCAGAUCAAACAGUCCAGCAAACCAACAAACAUGAAGUUCUUCAUCGUCCUGUCCGCCGUCGCAGCGCUCGCCCUGGGCCACCCGGGUUACCAUUCUUCGUUGGCUUCUGGUGGUCACUAUCUUUCCGGCCCGACGGUUCACGGCUAUCACGGACCAGCUGCGCCCCUGGCUCACGAUGGUCGAGUGAUCGAUACCCCCGAAGUGGCCCACGCAAAGGCUGCCCACUUUGCUGCCCACGCUGACGCCGCUGCUCAUGCCCAUUACGCCGCUCCUCACGGUGAUUACGAACAGGGUCCUUCCAGCUACGGUGCUCACGAGUACGCCGCUCCCCUGGCCUCUUAUCACGGACCGCCUGCCCCCCUUGGUCACGACGGACGCGUGGUCGACACUCCUGAAGUGGCUCACGCCAAAGCUGCUCACCUCGUCACCCUCGCCGAGGAGGCAGCCAAGGCUGUCCACGCACCGCAUUCCGGCUACUAUGGCGCACCCCAUCACCAGUGGUAGACCGAACGAUGAGUCGUCCGAUUGAAUGAAGAAGUCGCGGUUUGUUUUAAGGUUGCAUUUAUUGGAAUAAAUUAUCGAUAUCAA